AAAUCGGACAGAGCGAGAUAAAAAACUGUCCGACAUUUUGACGAUUCGCGCGCCACCUAGCGGCCUUUAACGAAACUACUCCCAAGGGGGGUAGGGCAGUUAUUUUGGGAGAAAGUUGGUGCUUUUGUGUUGACGAAACAAUUCCCGUGCGUUUGUUGUUUCUGGCGAUAAAUCCAACUAAAAACCGGCGAAAUGAAGGAAAUAAGCCAGCAAUUCGAUGUCGCUCACAACUUUGUUAGCGUACUGGAAAAGGAUGAUAGCAUGUCGCCGGGAAUCGCCGCUAUCAAAACCCUGUUGAUGGUGCUCGAGAAAACGAAAUUCGAUACCGUCCAGGAGCUGCACAGUACCAUCCAAUCGGCCGUGCGUGCGAUGCGCGAUACGGACAAACCGAUGACUUCGGUUGUGUCUGGCACGGAGCUGUUCUCGCGAUUCAUCACGUUGGCCAAGUUCGACGACAAAACGAUGGACGAGGUGCGCGACAUCAUGCUACGGCGUGGAAAGAUGUUCCUCACGAAGUUGCUGGAAAGUAGGAACGUUAUCGCGAAGCAAGCAAUUGCCUUCAUCAGCGAUGGAUGCCGAAUUCUCACACACGCCCGUUCGCGCACUGUCCGGGAAGCGCUUAUACUGGCCGCACAGCACAACAAACGGUUCCACGUGUUUAUCACUCACAGUGCCCCGGAAUGUGGCAAUCCCAAUGGAACGAUCAGUGAUGGCCAACAAAUGGCAUCGGAACUGGAGAAGGCCGGUAUCGAGUGCACCAUCAUCCUGGACGCAUCGGUGGGCUACGUGAUGGAAACGGUGGACAUGGUUCUGGUCGGUUCGGAGGGAGUGGUGGAGAGUGGUGGUAUUAUCAAUCGAAUCGGCACCGUCACCAUGGCGAUCUGUGCCAAGGAGAUGAAAAAACCGUUCUAUGUCCUCGUAGAGAGCUUCAAGUUUUGUCGCCUGUAUCCGCUUAACCAGCGGGAUCUGCCAGAUGACUACAAGUACAGGAAAAGCGACCUAGCGAACAAGGCCAAGGCACACCCGAUGGUCGACUACACUGCGCCCGGCUACAUUACCCUUCUUUUCACCGACCUUGGCAUACUGGCACCAUCGGCUGUGAGCGAUGAGUUGAUCAAGCUUUAUCUGUAGAUACGUCGGAUCGGAAUAAACACCCUUUCAACUAGAGAUUGGCUGUUUCGGGGAUCCGUUUGAAUACGAGGAUGAGGCUGCCUUACGUGGGACGCGUAAAUUGUAUGUUUAUAGAUGGAUGUAUAUGUGUAUAUAUAAAUAUCAAGCGUAUGGAUGCUUUGAUUGAUGCCAUAAUAUGAGUCCUGCUGCACUAAAAAGAUGGAUGUUAUGUUUUGUUUCGUUCUAAUAUUGCAAGCGCCGUUUCAUUUGGGUAUUUUACAGGCAAUCUCUGGUCAUCUUUCUAGUGGCUGUUGAAACCUGCCUGUGUGCCUACUAUAGUGGAAACAGUUUACAAAGAGAUGAUGGUCUCCCGUUUCAAACAUGCAUACUUGAUCCCCUGUUUUCUGUCCAGCAAGUAAAAUGAAGACCAACUUGAGCAGCUGCCGAGCAUAUUGCAUUUCCAUCGUGUCCCUUUACAUUCAUAAAGUUCCCUUCCUGCGCCUCCUCCUCGCUUCCAUUUCCUCCCGCUGGUUCUUAAUGUUUUCUAUCAUCUUGCCAAGCUACUAAUAUCUAUCACACAUUUGCAUUUUGCAUAUGCAUCUAUACAUGCAUUGAAUCCCAUUUUUUGUCCACACUCUCGUACUGGUUUCAUCCGAAUCAUUCUUUCAAGCCGACGAGCUGCUUGUUUCGUUUCGCAAGCCGGUAUACAUCUUUCGUUUGCCCGUUCAUUCCGUCGUAACAAAACCCAUUACCUAUUGCCACCGCUUAAAAUCCAUUAAACCUAACCUAGCCGUUUAAAGCCUAUUCGUUGAUCCUAACUAACUCUGCCAUCCUCCUAACACCGUUCCAUCCGUCUUUGUUCUGUUCCUGGCCUUUCUUGCAUUCUAGUCGCAACCAUGGAAACGCUCUACAUAUCAAAUGCUUGCUGCAAAAUGCUCACUUCGAAGUUCGUCGAUUGUGGAUUGUGCUCUCCCCGAUUUACUUGGCUUCCGUGAGUACCGGACUAGGCCGUCUCUGUUCGAAGAGACCGCUGUAAUAUCGUUAGCCCAUCGUUCCAAAGAGCACGUGCAGCGGUGAUGCUGCUGCCACCUGAAUUCCCUGCUACG